CUACUUAUAGGGCCGGAGCAGGCUGGCUAGUCCGUGAGCUUUAUUCUUCUGAGGUACUAGGAGGUGGAUGUCGGGCUUUUAUGGCAAGUCCAGCGUUGCAGUCUGAGCUUCAAGCUUGUGUUUGGGGUUUGGAGUUUGCUAUCCAUAGAGGCUUCUUGAAAAUCCAGGUUUAUACAGAUUGUGCUGCCCUCCUUGCUCUUUUUCCUUCUUCUGGGUCAAUGGAAAUUUCGGCUUGGUGGCUCAUUCAAGAGAUGCGGGCUUUAGUUCAUUCCCUUUUGGUUUGCCAGGUUCAAAAGGUUCCUUGUUUGUGGGUUACUCCUGCUCACUGGUUAGCUGGUUGGGCCCGACGUCGUCAGUUGUUGUAUUUUUUGUUUUAGUUUUUCGUUGACAUAUGUUGUAUUUGUUUGUUUUCUUUUAUUUGAUAGCUCUUCGUCAAAAAAAAAAUAAAAUAAAAUAAAAUAACAUAAAACUGAUCAAAUCUCAUAAAGCAACACUGUGUUUAUUUCAUUGAUCAUAACUUGUAAGUAACACUACAUCAACAACAUUAAAAAAAAAAAACCGAUAAAAUUCUUAAACUAGUCCAUCAUUAUCUUCCAUAGAAACAAUCCAAAUCCAAUGAUAUAGGAAUCAUAAUUAUGGAGAAGAGAAAGAGAAAGAGAAAGAGAAUAGUUUAAAAAUGCCCAUACGUUUGCUAAACCCACUCCCCUCAAAUCCUUCCCAAAUGCCAACGCAAAGAAAAGAUCCAAAAAGUAGCGUAAGCGCCAAACUCAUUCACAUUUUCUCUCUCCUCCUAUCUCCAUCAAACGGUUGACACUACACUUCAUCCACCACACUCAAUCUCAACCGCUGAUUUCCCAAUUACCUCUAUUCCUUUGUUUCAUGACCCUUUGUCCCCUUGUAUGAGGCGUUGCUUUGUUGUUGAAUUUUAAGUUGCAGUUUGUUUAAGUCUCCUUUAAUUUUCCUUUAUUUUCUCUCUUAAAUUUAAUGAAAAUUCCCCUAUUAAUUUUUGAGAAUCCAAACACACCUUUUCUUUUCCUUUUUCCUCAUUUUUAUUGUUCUCUUUCCCUCCAAUUAUACUUAGCUCUCUCUUAUAAUGGUAAUGCCAAUCAUUCACCUAAACACACCUUUUCUUUUUACUUCUUUAUUCUUGUUAUUAUUAUUUUUAUUAUCUUAAUUAUUGAAUGUACAAUCUCACUUUUAUAUACACACAUUAAAUUGUAUACAUACAUUUAGCUAAAUAAUAAAAAGAUUUACACCCACCUCAAAUUUUAUUCAUUCCCAUAAUCUCAUAUUUUCAUCAUCAGCGGCAGCAAUGUCAAUCCCUCCAUGGUUAGAGCCAAUGCUAGGCACUACAUUCUUCCACAUUUGCCGAAUCCACGGCGACGCCGCUAGGAGCGAAUGUAACAUGUUUUGUUUGGACUGCCAUUGUGAUGCUUUCUGCUACUAUUGCCGAUCAUCCCGGCAUAAGGAUCAUCAAGUCAUCCAGAUAAGGCGAUCGUCGUACCACGAUGUAGUAAGAGUAGGAGAUGUACAGAAGAUGAUGGACAUAAAUGGAGUACAAACGUAUGUGAUUAACAGUGCGAGAGUAAUGUUUCUAAAUCAAAGGCCUCAACCUAAAGCUGGUAAAGGUGUUGCUCAUUUGUGUGAGAUUUGUGGGAGAAGUCUUUUAGACCCUUUUCGCUUUUGCUCUUUGGGUUGCAAGCUUGUAGGAGUGAGAAGGAAUGGAAAUGCAAGCUUUGCUAUAGAAGGGAACAAUAAUAAAGGUGAAGUAGGAAUAUCAAUGACAAUGAAUAGUAAUACAAAUACAUCAAGUAGGAGAGAAAGAGAAGCUUUGCGUGAAGGCUCACAACAAGACAUUUACCCGCCCACGCCGCCUCCACCUCCUUCUAAUUCAAGAAGAAGAAAAGGAAUUCCUCACCGAGCACCUUUUAAGUCUUGAUUUAUUACUUAAUUAAUUAAUUAAUCAAUUUAACCUUGUUAAUUAAUCAUUUACCUACUGCUAAUUAUGCUUUUAUUUCUACCCUUUUCCAUCUUCUUUUUGUGUUUUUGUAUCAUAAUUGUGAAAAAAUAAACCAUUCUUAUUAUUGACCGGGGUGCAAAAUGUAAAAUUGUAUUUUGCACCAACUUAUAAUUUUACAUAGAAAUUGUUGUAAAUUGAGGAAUUAUUACUUGGGAUUUAAUUUGGAAUGUAAAUGUUGUGUUAUGGCUACAAAUCUUAUUUAUAUAGAAUGUUAAGGAUAAUUAAAGAUUAUAGACUAUGAGGUAUUGAGAAGA